AUGCCGCUUCACUUUAUAAUAAGCCAAAAGGGAAAACCUCUUUUGACACACAAAGGUUACGUUUUUCAAAAACUUCGCGAUUCUAAAACAAAAGUUACGUGGCGCUGCACAGAAUAUACAAAACUUUCGAAAUGCGGUGCACUGCUGCAUACAACGACAGCGACAAAACAAGGAACCGUGCUGGACACGGAAGAUCCAACUCAUACUCAUGCACCCGACAUUGCAAAAACGAAAGCACGAACAAUAAUGGAGAAAAUAAAGAAGCGUUCAAAACAAACAACCGAGCCGACUAGUAAGGUCCUAGCAAAAGGUCUUGCUGGAAUCUCACCAACGACUUCGGCGAAUCUUCCAAACAUGCCCCAGCUUACGCGCGUGAUCCAGAGAACGAGAGCAAAAACUAAUUCCCAAUUACCGACGCCUUCUACCCGUGGGGAACUCCAGAUUCCAGAUACAUAUACAAAAACAUUAAGCGGAAAACUGUUUCUUCUUCAUGACAACGGCGGUGACAAGAAACGGUUUUUGCUGUUUGCCACAAAAGAAAAUUUGCAACAUCUGGCGGCGUCAAAAACGUGGUUUUGUGACGGGACAUUUCGAUCGGUUCCGACAAUUUUUGCGCAACUUUACACAAUACACGGCAUGGUUGACGGAAAAGUGAUUCCUUUCGUCUACGUUAUGGCGCCGAGUAAAUCAAAACGGAUGUACGAAAAAGUAUUGCAAUGCCUUACGGAAGCUGAGCCAAGUUUAUAUCCCGAAAAAAUCGUAAUAGAUUUCGAACGAAGCUUCAUUACAGCAGUGCAAAACGUAUUCGAUGAAUGUGAAAUCCAGGGAUGUCACUUCCACUACGGACAAUGUAUUUGGCGUCACGUUCAACAGUUUGGUUUACAAAAACGGUAUUCAAUGGACGCUGAAUUCGCGCUGAACAUAAAAAUGCUGAUUGCACUGGCAUUCGUUCCAUGUGAACGUGUCGAACACGCGUUUGAGGCUCUCGCUACAUCGAUAUAUUACAAAGAGAAUCAUAAUGACUUGGAAAAUAUUGUGCAAUAUUUGUGCAAAAUUCCUACGUCAUCCUUUUUUCAAAAUUAUUCACCCUUCAUUAGUUUUCGGCGUGGCGGUGCUGGCUUAACGUUAACUUAG